CUUCGCUUUUUCUUGGGACUCAAAUUUGUCCUUCGGCGGCCCCAGUAGAGCGUUUCUUCCGGUAGAGAGAAGCAGCCGAGCUGUUAGCCGUCUCUGUGAAGGUCGUGAGUCCAACCUGUGAGUAUUCUUAAAAAUCAGUCUACUUACGUGGGUGAUCCGUCAUGUCUUUGGCAAAGCCUGUGAUGAGGGGGCUGCUGGGAAAGCGUUUGAGGUUCCAUCUGCCUAUUGCGUUCGCUCUGUCCUUCGUGGCUGCUAUCGGCUUCAAGUACGGUGUGACGGAGCCCAGGAAACAGGCCUACGCUGACUUCUACAAGCAGUACGACGCCGUCAAAGAGUUCACGGCCAUGAAGGAAGCCGGCGUCUUCCAGAGCGUGCGGCCCUCUGGGGAGUGAAGGCGCUCUCUUCUAUCCUGUCGUUGAUUCCUGGUCUGAGGACGGCAUUCUUCUCGUGCCCUUGGAUGUUACUUACUGAUUUAGAUGUGAACAUCGCUGUGCUGUUUGGUUCCUCUAAAUAAAAUACUCUAUUCAAGUAAAA